AAAUCCAUCUCACGUUAGGUAUCGAUUACGUUUUAAAUUGGGUUUGUGGCGCCUUGAUUAGCGGCAAUAUCACUUGAGUAUUAUACAUAGAGUCCAUGCAGUGUUUGAUUUAGUGUUUUACCUUAGCUUACGAAAUAGAAAUUUUGAAAAUGCGUGACGACGAUGACAUGGAUCGUUUUAUUGCUGAACAGCGAAACAAAAUCGCUCGAGACCGAGAUACACUUGACCGGAACCCAACUUCAGCUGUUACUGAAUAUAUAAUGAAUGAGAAUGAAAAACGGCAACAUAUGAAAUCUCGUCGACCUCUUGAAGCAAACAACAAUGAAGUCACAGAAAGUAUAUCAAAACAUUUCGACACAAAACAACAACAACAAGCUGUUAAAAUGAAACCUCCAACUCCACAACUAUUUAAACUUGGUGAAGACUAUUUGAAGCAGAAGGAAAAGUUGAAGGAAGAAUUGAGACUUGAAUACAGGAAAGCAUUGGCGGAGAAACAAGUCCGUACCACUGGUAUUCGAGGCAAACAUGCAGAAAAUUUUGUGAAGGAACUUCCUGGAAAAUCUGAUCCUAAUGAUCUUGGGUUAAGUUUACCAAUCCGUGAUCAUCUCAGUGCAAAGACAAACCAAGCAACAAAACGGGAAGAAGUCAAAGAAUCGUAUCAAGAUCUGUUGGAGAGAAAAAGACGACAAGAGAAAGUUUAUAGAAAUGAAGAAGAAGAUGAAUUGGAUGACCGAGUGCUUUACAGGUGCUAA